AUGGGCGAUUACCUGGACGAGGACACGAUGCACGCGAUGGGAGGCUACUACGGCGGGAAUCUCUAUUACCUUCCCAGUCUGAAGGGAGAUGGGUCGACCUGCACUGAGGGAGGGUGCAUUGAUAACAAGUUCUCUGCCCCGCCGGGCGUCGACUCCCAGGACGGAAAGGACUUUGGAGGUGUCACCGUUGCCGAUAUCACCAAGGGAACGGCAACAGAACGACGGCGGCGUGGCCGACCCCAGCAACAGUGGGACACUAGAGGACCUCCACCACAGGACGUCACGACCCCAGGCUUCAUCCGCCUGCCAGUGUGUAGCGCCGACUUCGCCUUCAAGGCCUGGGAUCAGUCCGGAGGCCCCUACACCAAUGUGGCCAACUACCCCUGUCUCCCGCACCAGGUACCAGACCACUGCGGCGACUCGGUGUUUGUCAACCUGACCAGCGACGCGUCCCUGAGCGUGUCGGACUGCAUGCAGAUCGUGAAGAACAUCCAGAACACGGAUGGCGAUUGGGAGUUCGGCUCGUGCGCCUUUGGGGUCCAGGGCCAGGGGAAGAAAGGCAACAUCGACUUCAACGUUGGUGCUCAGGACAUUGUUGAUGUCACUACUGACUCUGUCAGGCAGUUUGGCGGGUCUGGAAAGGUAGGUGCUAAGGGGGUGAUGUCUUGCGAUGGAACAGUCAUGGUCCAGCAGGUCGAAUGGGGGCUAUAUUAG